AUGUCGCUCUUCGGCAACACCUCGGGCGCACCGUCGUUCUCGUUCGGCGCUCCUGCGUCCACUCAACAACCCGCGACCUCUACCCCCGCACCCUCGCUCUUUGGAGCCGCACCAGCCGCCACCGCACCCGCAGGAGGCGGCCUGUUUGGCGCCCUAAAGCCCGCAGCACCCUCCCUCUUCGGCUCGACCUCGACCUCGGCUCCUCCUCCCGCACCCGGCGGUGGCCUCUUCGGCACGAGCGCGGCGGCACCAGCGGCGAGCAAGCCCGCCUUCUCGUUCGGCGCACCAGCACCAACAGCCUCGGCACCCCCGGCCACUGGCGGCCUGUUCGGCUCGACCGCGACGAGCCAGCCUCAGCAGCAGCAGGGCGGCGGCGGGCUCUUUGGGCAGGCGCCGCAGCAGACGGGCGGGCUCGGCGGCAGCUUGUUCGGCCAGCAGAGCCAGGCGCAGGGGGCGGGAGGGCUCUUUGGGUCGCAGCAGCCGGGUGCGGUACCUCAAGGACUCGGCGCCUCGACCGGCGCACCGGCAGCCGGCGCGAUCAGCAAGACGACCAAGUUCAACGACCUGCCCGACGCCGCGCGCAACGCUGUCGAAGAGAUCGACAAGUUCAUCCGGCAGCAGUGCACCCUCGCCGACGACCUCAAGGCCAAGGACCUCGGCAGCGACAUCGCCUCGACCCAGCGCAUGUACGAGCAGUACUCUGCUGAAGCCGCCACCGUCUCGUCGCUCCUGCAGAUGGACUCUCGCCUCCUGUCGGCCCUGCGCGCCGAGCUCGAGCAGUCGCUCACCGACCUGACCAAGACGACGCUCCUCAUCGAGGGCUUCAAGGCGCCCCAGUCGCCCAAGGCCCAGGAGGCCAAGCAGGUCGCCACGUUCCCGUACGAGUUCUUCCGGCGCAAGACGGACGAGAUGAAGGACCGCGUCGGGCGGUACAAGGCGACGAUGGACCAAAUCUCGGCCCUCCUGUCGUCCCCCUCGCACGCCCUCUCGCCCUCGUCCAUCAUCCCGACGCUCAAAGCGCAGCACGCGUCGCUCGUCAGCCUCGCGAGCGCCGUCUCGGCCCUCGACCUCGACCUCAAGCAACUCAAGGACGCGUACCGCGCCAUCUACCGCGACAAGACGGGCCGGCUCGCCGACCCGUUCAGGGUCAACGGGAGCGGGGCCGGGCUCGCAGGGGUCGGCGGCGUCGAGAGGGGCGUGGGAGGGAUGGCGAUCCGGUAG